GGACUGGGACGAGGCCAUACUCAGCGGCUGCUGUGACUGCUGCCUUACAGCUGUCUUAUGCUGAUAGUUCACGCGCUGCCAUUGAAGUUAAGACUGGGGGACUGGAUGUGACAGCCAGCACAGGGAUUUGAGAAAAAUGUCAGCUUGCUUCGAGUCGAAAAAUGAGCAGAAAACGUAGUCAGGGUAGUCGAGCGUCUCCGACGCAACAUGCCGCGCCCGAGGAGGAAGGCGACAGCACGGCACAGGGAAUGACUGCAUCGAGGACCGACGCUGAGACGGUGCCCUCCGAUGCGACGAGCCUCAGCACCGAUGAAGGCCAACAAGAGCUACCAGGGAUUCUGUCGGCGCCCGUCAUCCUGGUGGCUGGUCCAUCACCACCUGAAAAUGACGAUGCGGAGGCCAACACUGAUCCUGAGCGCCCGCGCAGUCACGAGACAGGUGGCACUGAAGGCAGACGAAAGGGGCCAUCUCAGAGUCAGGGUGUGCAGACGAGGAGAUCCUCCAGCAACUCCUACGACUAUGACAGAGAAGAGCCGCUGCUCACCAAGAGGACUAAGGUAUACAAAAAAAGAAGUGUAUCACGAAAUCCCGCUGUCGAUAAAUCGGAAGACUCGAUUCUUGAUGUUAUCACGUCCUCCCACCCUGCAUACAAUUCACAGUUAGUAUCAGGAAAUGAUAUGACAGAUUUUCCGCAGUCUGAACCAUCGGAUAGGGAAAGAGCUACCGAAAGCAGCAGCAGCCUUAUGUACAGCAGCAGCGGAACGAUAAUACUAACCGAGGCGGAGUUAAUGGAUCUCGAUCCAGUCGACUUUCAGCAGGGCAAUCUUCCGCCGCAUAUGAGGCUGGAGUCCGGCCUGGCCUUCAUCUACAUGGCGAUCCCGCCGGACGGUGGCUUUGGCUGGGUCGUGCUCAUUCUCAGCUUUCUUGCCCAGCUCAUUGUGGAUGGCAUCAUUUUCUCGAUUGGCAUUCUGCUGCCCGCCAUGGAGAAAGACUUCAAAGUGAGCACCUCCGCGGUGGCCCUGGUGGCCAGCAUACAGAUUGGAUGCUACUUCAUGGGCGGCGCCUUCUCCAGUGCGCUGAUCAACAGCUACGGAUUUCGGCCUGUGGCCAUGCUGGGCGUGGCCAUCUCAACGCUGGCCUUGUUGGUGGCCAGCUUUAGUCCGAAUUUGACUGUCAUGAUAUUGGUCUAUGGCAUCGUUGUCGCCGCAGGUGGACCCGGAUUGAGCAUGAUCUGGGUGAGCUCUCAGCUCAUCAUUGGAUUCUAUUUCGAGCGCUAUCGUGCGCUGGCCAGCGGCUUCUCCUGCUCUGGUGCUGGUGCUGGCAUUUUGAUCUUCUCGAUUACUAACAAUUUGAUGGAGCAACAGAUUGGCUGGCGGAAUACGGUCCGGUGUCAUGCCUUCCUCGUCUGUCUUCUGAUUUUUGUGUCGAUGGCCUAUUUGGAGGUGAAGCCAUCGCCAGUGGGCGUAGUUCAUCGCUUUCCGGAGAUCAGCUCCACUUCUUCCGAGUACUACGGCAAUUUCUACGUCCACAAUUUUCUGAGCGAAGACCUCUCCAUGAAGAGAUCUCAUCCCGUGCUAGAUACUUUCGAGCCCAACAAGAAGAAGGAGACUAAGCGCAAACGAUGUAGGAACCUCAUUUGUCCCUGUUGUGUCAAGACUGAUCAUGACGAUGAUAAGUCCAUGCGCUCUGAAGUCAACUAUCUGGUACGGCCGGAUCCUAUGCAGCGCGACGAUCUCUUCUACACGGGCCCCGUUGACUACGACGAGCCGCAUCGCAGGGAGCAGUUUGAUGGCAAGGAACUCGAGCUGGUGGGCACCGAGACUCAUCUGCAAAGUGCCGCCUAUGGUCUGCACAAUAUUCACAAUUAUGACAGCACCGACAUGUCGGAGUGGGUGUCCGUCUCUGACGGUUACGUUGAUCACCGUCCGGUUAUUCACAAGCGCGCCGCGACCCCCGUUUCUACUCAACAGAAACGCCACGUGUCACACAAGAGUCGCUGCUGGAUCCAUCAGAAAAUCUUAAAGGCCAUGAAUCGUUUGUUCGACAUGCAUUUGCUGAAGAGCUAUGAGUUCCGUGUGCUGCUGGCGUCCGCUUUCCUGUAUCCCAUGGGCUUCAAUAUACCCUUUCUCUACUCUAAGAUGCGCACCACGGUUCCCAACCAACACGCCCAGAUGAUUGGCCCCGCCAUCGGCACCUCCAAUUUCAUAGUGCGCAUUCUGUGCGGCUUUGUGGCCUACAAGCUGAGAAACUGGACGAACUACAUCUGUGGGGGUGGCAUGGUCCUAGGCGGCAUCGCGGUCUUAGUCAGUGCCUUUUUCGGCAGCGACUUGGUCUGGUUUCAAAUUCUCUACGGGCUCUGCUACGGCGUUGCUCCAGCUGUCUAUGCCACGUUGCGAGCCCUCAUCUAUGUGCGGUAUUUGGGCCUCUCGAAGCUGACGACCGCCUUUGGCAUUACCGCCCUGGUCAUGGGGGUAGGCGUGUUCCUGGGCACCACCUUGGGUAGUGUUAUGGUGGAGACGACUGGCGGUUUCAUGGCUGCAUUCGCGUUCGCCGGCUUGUGCAUAAUAAUGUCGGGAAUGCUGAAGCUGAUUUUACCUGUUUUGAUAAAGUCGAGAAACAAUCGCUUAAAGAAAAAGGCUGUUUUCGUUUAAAGUACAGUUUACGAUGCAUUGGUUUUAUUAA